CUUCUCCCUCAGUACUAGUCUGACUUCAGUUGGGAGCACACUGCACUGUUGGAUUACACCCACCCCUCAAAGAAGGAGCAACAGUUUGCCUUUAGAGCAGCGCAAAGCCCAACAGACUACAGCAACAUGGGGAGCAGCAUGUCAUGUGUCCCCCAGCACAACUUCAGAUUCUCCAGCAAGAGCUUCAUACGCAGAAACAGCAGUCGGCUGUUUCGCAAAAACAAUCCCCAAGAGGGACAGGAGAAGUCCAACAGCAUCAUCAAUAUCCUGUGCACUGUCACCCCUCGAAAGGAAAUGUCCCAUAAAGAUCUGCAGGCGAUAGAAAACAUAAAAUGGGACCCUCCAUUUCCCUACGACCCAGCUAGCGGAUGGAAGAAGAGCAGCAUAAAUGUGAAGAACUACGGACGCAUGAUUCACAGCUCCAAAGUCCGUUUCCGCUUCCUCCACUGCCAGGAUGUACAUGAUUGCUACCUGGAUCUCUUCCAGACACACCUUCAUUUUGUCUCCAACAACACAACAAGAUUGACGUACCAGGGAACUCUGCCUUUGAAGGAAAUCACCAUCUGCAACCUGCAACAGAACUGCAACCACAGCCAACCCCAGGAGUUCGCUUUUCAAAUAAACGGUGUCAGCCUUAACCCCAUCAUUGUGUACUGUGCCAACCAAGAAGAAAUGGAUCUAUGGUUUGGCCUUCUCAAGGAGAACAUUGAGGCCAAUGGAGGCACUCCGUUUGCACCUGAAAGCUACACCAGGGUUAAAAAAGAAGCUCCCGAGGGAAGAGAGGAGCUGAGGAACUCUGUCAACAGAGAGCACAUCUACGAGUGGGAGGGCUCACAGCGGGACAGCCUGGGCACCAUCACCUAUGUCACCAAAGUCCGACUGCAGCACCUGCCUUGUCAGGAACAAAGUGAUAGGCUCCUGGUAAUGUACCCAUCAACACUGAUCAUCCUAUCAGAAGAGAACGAUGGACUCUUCUAUAAGGGAAAACUUCCUCUCAACAUGAUUACUGUGACCACGCCCUGCCAAGAUGUCAAGCCCAACACCUUUAUGAUUGAAGGAAAGCUGAUCAACCCCAUAGUGGUGUCGUGUCUGGAUAUGGCCGAGUUUUGCGACUGGAUCCAGCAUUUCAAAGCAGCUGACGUGCCCGUUCUCAGCCCACCGCCCCCCGUGUAUGACAUCAUCUACACCCCGACGCACAGAGAAGCUCCACAGUUUGAUAGGUGGAGUGGAAACAGCCAAGGAAGAGGCGGGUCCUUUAAGUUCAGCCAGUCAACAAGCGGAUAUGGGUCCCACAACAUUCAGUCACCAAUUCAUGAAGACAACCCUCUUUCCCCAGGAUACACUGAACCCCUCUGUUACAGCUCCAGUCGUCCCUCCUCAAUUGAGACUGCCCGCCUUGGCAGCAGGACCAACAGCGUGUCUUCCCACACCAGGCCUGAGCGUGACCUCCGGCCUAUGUCACUGCGCUACUCCUCUCCCCAGCGCAGCUCCUACCUCCAGCCUGCUGAGAGCUCGCCUUCUCAGGUCUACAGCACACCCUACUCUCCGCUGCACCGUGCCAGCCCACAGAGGCUGGAAAAAGCCCCGCUUGUCAAGUCUAACAGCUGGAGCACCCCUCAGACAUCCCUAAACUACACCUUGAACGCACACCAGCGCCACUCAGACAUGUGUGCUCCCCGACAACCCUUGUCACCCCUAUACGAUGAGCCCUGCAGCCCUGAAAUCUACUCCCUGAAUGAAGCCAGGCCAGUGCAGCAGAGCUGGCAAGAGCCCAUACAGCAUCACCCCCACCUCGGCCCUCAGCUCAUGUCCUCCCCCUUCCAGCUAAGCACACCUCCCAUGGGCAGACGGUGCAGGAGAAGUCUAGUCCUGAUCAACUCCCAGAGUGAGGCUCUGGGUCUGGACACAGAGACUCCUCAAAGACAAGCGGAGCAGAGAGCCGAGGCAGUGUCAAGGCUAAAACUGCUGCCUGCGCCCGGCCAAGUACUAGAGCAGAUUGUCGUCCCGUCAAGCUCUGUGAGAAACAACUGUCAGAAACCCUACGGUUACUCACCAGAUCACCACUCGUACCUUGAACCCACAGAACCAGAUGACCAGGAAAUGGACUAUGACAACAUUUGGGAGUACGACCAUGAUACUGGAAUGAUCCAGCCAACGUCUGGAAUUUCGACACACUGGACGGGAUUAGACUUUGGGGCCAUGGGCCUUGGUGCCAUGACAACCCAGCAGAGAUGGUCAUAAAGCAAAACAAAAGGCCGGCACUCGUCUGGACGUGUGCAAACAACUGAUCCCUAUCAGAUGGGUAAUAAAAGCCCUCUCACACAGUCUGUGUUUCUCCUGCUGCGUACAGUAUGGACAACAAAUCCCAUGAACUGCACUGUUACAUGUUUGGAGGUCAAGCAAACGAAUGAAGGUGUUGGUGACUCUGACUGUCUUAAAAGUAGCAUUCAAGAGAAAAGACAGAAGAGUGAACAUACUGUGCAUAAUGUUAUUUUUUUUAUUGUAUUAUAUAAUUGCACUAAAUGUUUCAUACUUAGUGCAAAAACCUAAAUUAAGUAUUUUCUAACAUGAUAUCCUGUUAACUUGUUAAAUAUUGUAUUCUGUUUAUAUGAGUUACAGUUAUAAAAGGCAUUCCUUCAGGAUUUGUAUAUUUCUGUACAUAUUGUAAAUUUAUCUUUUUUUUCAAUGCAACAUUAUCAGGCAAAUGGAUGUGGCUUAAAACUGACUGCCUUAUAACGUGCUAAUAUUAAUAUAUAUAUAUCACAGUGUGGCUUCCUUUUUUAUUUUGUUUGAUGUGUUUUAUUUAUAUUUGGAAAUUAAACAUUUAAAAAAUAUUUGAAAUAGGUCCUUUGUUUUGUGUUAUUCUAAUGAUCAUUCUGAAAUGAUAGUAAUCAAUAUUUUGUCAACAAGGUUUUUUAUCAGAUGGCCAGGUAAAAGUGGAGGACUUAAUCUGUGAAUGAGACGUUACAAGUAAUUUCAUUUAUGCAAAGUUAUUUAAAUGGAGAACAUGUAACUGUCAAACUGUAUUAUUUCGAAGUUAUGAAUUAGUGACAAAAACUACAGCACACAUAAUGUCCCCAACUGAUGAUGCAAAACAGGUCUGUGGUCUAUUUGAUGAAACCUGUAACUGUUGACCCCUUCACAUAGCUUAAUGACAUUCUGAAAUACAACCUAAUGACUGGUGAUGCACUAUUUCCUCAAACUGCACCAAAACCUCAUUUAUAAUUGAUUUUGAUGAAAGAAUACAGCCAUGGCUUCAUGAGCUGUGAUCUACAGCGGGACACCUGUUAUGUUAUGGCUCAACUUCGCCAUCUACUGGAUAGAAAUAUGAUUCUUAAACAUCAGAAGAUCUCCUGUUGAUGUUUCGGAGUGAUAUUGAAUAAGAAUGUAUUUUUAAAUUGAUGCUAAUAUAAACUAAUGGUGUUUUUAAUAUCAUUAUGAAACUCAAGUAUUUUAAACAACUUUGUAAAAUGGAUUACAAACAACUUAAUCUGUGCUCACUCAGUUGUGAUGUAUCAGGUUCUACAAUGAGCUUAUGUCGCCAUCUAGUGUUUGGAUGUUCAUGUUCAGCUCUGAGUGCUCAUGGAAUAACAAGAGACACAGUAUCCAAGUGGCGUU